AUGCUCUUCUCCAACAUCGUCUUCGCCGUUCUCGCCCAGAGCUUGACCGCAUCCGCUGCCACCAUGAUGGUCACGGUUGCUGCCAACAACAAGUUCCAAUUCACCCCCAACUCUGUCACGGCCCAGCCCGGUGACACUGUUGCCUUUGUGUUCGCCGCCCAGAACCACAGUGUGGCUUCCUCCGACGCAAACACGCCCUGCAAGCCCCAGGCAAACGCCCUCUUCUCCGACUUCCAGCCUAUCGCCGGUAACCCCAAGGGUAGCCCCAACGCCGCCAACGGUCGUCGCCAAACUGCCAACUCGCCCAUGUUCAUGGUUCCCGUCACCGACACCCAGCCCAUGUACAUCUACUGCCCCCAGGCCCAGCAUUGCCAGCAGGGAAUGGUCAUGGUCAUCAACCCCCCGAGUGCCGCUGUUGUCGCACAGUACCAGAACAAGGCUGCGCAGGCCAAGAACAACGUCGCUCCCGCCGGUGGAAUCAACGGUGGUCAAAUGAUCAACAACGUCGCCGGAACCAACCCCAAGAACGUCCUCGGCGCACAAGCUGGUGACGCCGCGACUGGCAAGGGUAAAGGCAAGGGCAAGGGCAAGGCUGCCGGUGCUCUCGCUGCUCUUCUCAAGGGCAACUAA